AUGGGCGAAACAGAGGAUAUCUCGAUUUGGGGAGCGAAAACGGGGAAAAUCCCAUAUGACCCAAUAUAUCUGACAAGUCGCACUAUAUGUCAACCCAAGAUGCAUUCUUCCUCUCCAGGACUUCGAAAAGCUUUGGUUGCGGGUUGGGCCGGUUCUAUGGCCCUGUAUGAAUUAGCAGCUUUUGAUCCUUCUGACCCUAUUCUUGAUAAUGUGGAGACCAGGGUGUGGCUUGCUUUGGUUGGUUGCAUUUCACGUAACAGGUUGUAUGGUCCUGGAUAUCUCGGUGUCCCGAUCCUUAUGGACUAA